AUGGAGGUAGAAUCCGAGGUCAUGGAGGGUCAUGUAAGGAAGCGGAUCCUUGAGGGAUGCUGCAACUGUGGGAUUGUCAUAUAUCUUUUUUUUCAGGCACACUCAAUCAUUUUUCCUCUUGAAGCUUCACUUUCAGCUGAUUUGGCUGCUGUGGCCGAUACAUCAUUCAAAGAUAAGGACAAUAAUAAAGAGAUAUCUCUUGUUCGUGGGCAAUCACUGUACCAAACUUAUAUUUUCAGACUUCGUGAAGCUUAUCAAUCUUUGGCUCCUUUGGUUCUUUCAUUAACCAACUAUGUAAAGGAGCUUCAUUCCACACUAACCAAACUUGCACGUGUUUCCAAUCUCCAUGCAGGAAAUCUUCAUCAAGCUCUUGAAGGUCUUGGAGAAAGUCAAAUCUCAAGAUCUCAAAAUCUUGCUAUAUCUGGUUCUGAACCCUCAAAUAAUGUGAUUUUAUUAAAUGAGAGUGGAGGGUUUCUUGAGAGUAGUGGAGAAAUUGUUGAGAACUUAGUUACAAAUGUCGGAUUCCUCCAUGAUGAAGGAUGGAUAUCUGCGCCAGAUCACACAUACACCAGUAGCCAAGGCUCCAGUAUCAUCUUAAGUGGAAGUAGCACCUUUGAGAAGUCAGACCAUGUGGAACAGUGCUUUGGUAGCAAUACUACUGGAGAGGAUACCAGCAUUAGUAUUUCUGAUAAAAUUACUGAGGGAUUUGAAACCAUAUCUGUUGAUUCUGAGAAUCAAGAGUCUAAAUAUAUAUCACAGGAUGUUGCCAUUGGUUUGUCUUCAAUAGCACCAUCAGACCUGGGUGAAAGCAUACAAACCCUGUCUUUAUCUACUAAAACAGUACUUGAGAACUUGCGAAUUUCAUCUGAGAUAGGGAAGGGAAAAUCUGAAGUAGUGAAAGAUUUGAUGGGUGAUAAUGAAGAUUACUCCAAGCUGGUCGAUGGACGAGGUGAAAUUCUUGUUGAUUCUUCAUGCCCUGGUGUUGCAAACCAGAAAACAAGGGGUAAGAACGCUUAUGCUCUGACAGUCUUGAAGCAAGUCGAAUUAAAAAUAGAUGGAAAGAGUAUUGAUGACAGGUCUUCAGAAGUUUCAGAGCAAGUAGAUUACCUUAUUAAGCAAGCAACAAACAUUGACAACUUGUGUAACAUGUAUGAAGGUUGGACACCAUGGAUAUGAUCAUCUGAGCAUGUUAUUUGAUUAUAUACUAAGAGUCGUCUUCCUGUAAUAGCAAGGAGAAAAGGCCAAUAAACUGAAGAGCAUAAUUUUCUGCUAACUUUCUGGUCAGCUAAGUUUGGAAACUUCAUGGAUAACGAGGAAAAUCUGCACUCUUGUAGGGGCUAUUCAAUUUCAAGGUUCCAUGCUGAAAUGGCCAAGCAAUUGGGAUUCAACCAUCGCCCUUUCAAGGUUCCAUGCUGAAACUAAGAGGUAACACGUCACAACCUUUCAGUUUGCCAUUUAAAAUGCAAUAUGCAAACGCACAACAAAGGUUCCUACAAGUUGCUGAAUCCCAAGUACCCCUAUCCGAUGAACCUGCUAUGAAAACUGAUAAGCUUCAACUCUCUUGGAGGGACCUCUCUACUGCAUUAUGUGAUGCCUGUGUUCGUGCUGUGGUCUCUACUGGUUAUCUAGAGCUGAGUCCUAGCACGGAUGGCUGAAUUAGCAGUGCUGUAAAAGAAAGUUCUUGUCGCAUUUUCAAAGAAGUUUCAACCCAGCUAGAUGCAGCAAACCGUGAAAACUGAAUCUUUUCAGUUUGAUGAAGUUAAAUCAGGCAUGACGGGUUACAUUCAGCCGUCUUUGCUUGUGUCUUGAACUGAGGCUGCUGUUUUCCAAAUUUGGUGUCUGUUUCAGUUCUCAGUUUGGAGUGGGUGAUUAAGCAUACCGAUGAGCAUCCAUGUUAAACAAUUAAAAGGAUAAACUUAUGUAGUUGUCAUGAUAGGAAUUGGAUUGUCUAGUUUCAAAUAAUGUUUGCCAAUUGCAAUAUCACCAAAUUUUGAACCUAUGUUUAUGUAUCGAAUUCAAGAAAAGUAUGUCUCUCUCAUGAAGAUACCUCAUUAAUCAAUUGCUUAUUAUAUGUCA